UGCAUCAUGAUUUAUAAUUGCUGUAAUAAAUUAUGAGAUCUUAUGUUUAAUAUCUGGCUUAAAAUCUAACUCUAUGCAUCUUGAAGCUUAUUGCAGGAGUGACCAAGAUACCACCUUAUAGAAGUAAUGCCCACAGAAAGCGGGAGCUGUUCAACUGCUCGCCAAGCAAAACAGAAACGCAAAUCUCAUAGCCUUUCUAUACGAAGAACUAACAGCUCUGAACAGGAGAGGACGGGUUUGCCAAGAGAAAUGUUAGAAGGACAAGAUUCUAAACUGCCUUCCUCAGUUCGCAGUACACUUUUGGAACUGUUUGGUCAAAUAGAAAGAGAAUUUGAAAACCUUUAUAUUGAAAAUUUAGAAUUGCGUAGAGAAAUUGAGACUCUUAAUGAGCGUUUAGCUGCUGAAGGACAAGUAAUCGAUGGGGCAGAACUGAGUAAGGGCCAACUGAAAACUAAAGCCAGUCACAGUACCAGCCAGCUUUCUCAGAAGCUGAAGACCACUUACAAGGCCUCCACCAGUAAGAUUGUCUCCAGCUUCAAGGCCACCACAUCAAGGGCUGUGUGCCAGCUUGUGAAGGAGUACAUCGGCCACAGGGAUGGCAUCUGGGAUGUCAGUGUGGCGAGAACACAGCCCGUGGUGCUGGGGACCGCAUCUGCUGAUCACACAGCAUUGCUGUGGAGCAUCGAGACGGGGAGGUGCCUCAUCAAGUACACCGGCCAUGUGGGGUCAGUAAAUUCUAUAAAAUUCCACCCAUCAGAGCAGUUGGCUCUCACUGCUUCUGGAGACCAGACUGCUCACAUUUGGAGAUACGCGGUUCAGCUGCCAACACCCCAGCCUGUGGCCGACACUAGUAUAUGUGGCGAGGACGAAGUUGAGUGCUCUGAUAAGGAUGAGCCUGAUGUGGACGGAGACGUGUCUAGCGACUGUCCUACCAUCCGGGUGCCAUUGACUUCCCUUAAGAGUCACCAGGGAGUAGUCAUAGCUGCUGACUGGCUGGUUGGGGGGAAGCAGGUGGUGACGGCCUCCUGGGACCGAACAGCAAACCUGUAUGACGUGGAGACGGCGGAGCUCGUUCACUCUCUGACAGGGCAUGACCAAGAACUCACGCACUGUUGUACACACCCCACCCAGCGGCUCGUGGUAACCUCCUCCCGUGACACGACCUUCCGUCUGUGGGAUUUUAGGGACCCGUCCAUCCACUCUGUGAAUGUUUUCCAGGGCCAUACAGACACCGUGACCUCUGCCGUGUUCACCGUGGGAGAUAACGUUGUUUCAGGCAGUGACGACCGCACUGUGAAGGUCUGGGAUUUAAAGAACAUGAGAUCCCCCAUUGCAACCAUUCGUACGGAUUCUGCCAUCAACAGGAUCAAUGUAUGCGUUGGCCAAAAAAUCAUCGCCCUCCCCCAUGACAACAGACAAGUCAGAUUGUUCGAUAUGUCCGGUGUGCGGCUGGCGCGACUCCCCCGCAGCAGCCGGCAGGGCCACAGAAGAAUGGUGUGCUGCUCGGCGUGGAGCGAGGACCACCCCACCUGCAAUCUGUUCACCUGCGGGUUUGACAGGCAAGCCAUAGGCUGGAACAUCAACAUCCCUGCGUUGUUACAGGAAAAAUAAGGUGCCGGCAUUCCUUAGUUUCAUAGUUUGCCAUGGACCUGUGACUGGAGCAGGCUUUUCUCAUACUGAUCAGCCAUUUUUGUGAGAGCUGGACCCUGAGAAGGGUGAUUUGUAUAUGUCCUUUUCCCAUUGUACCCAGCUUGCAUGAUGUACAGAACUGUGGUUAUGUUUUUAUUCCGUCUUGUCUGUGCUGGCAUCCUCUGGUCAGUGGGAACAAAGCCGCUCCCUAUAGCACGUGGCAUUUGACAUAUGACAGGAGGGCAUCACACUUGUGUGAGUUCAAUGUGAACCUGUGUACUUACUGUGAGUGUAAGUCUGUGGCAUUUCUGGAAUAAUCCUACAUAUCUACCUUGUCCUGGGAGACUGCAGAGCUGUGUUUGCGUUGGCUGAUGAAUGGCGGGAUUGGCAAAAAAUUUUAUGUUUACUUCCAUGUGAAGUUGUAGCACGUGCUGUUGUUGUAAUUCAGCUUCAGCUCUUCAUCCUCUUACAGUUCUGUGAAAUUAACCUGGAUCUUAGAAGUUAAAAAAUAGCAUCAAAUGUUGAGUUUGCAGGAUUCAUUUUUUUUUUUAAGAAAAAGUUUGUUCUUUUUAUAGAAAAUCAUUUCAAUACCCUGAGGUCUCAUAUUAGCAAAUUCUAAAAUAUGAUGAUUCUAAUCACCAAUUUCAGAUUGUAAGCAAAAUUUAAAGCACUUUAGUUUAUAGCUCUGGUUAUAAACAAUUUUUAGAAGUUUCAAAUAACUUAUCCAUUGAAUGUGACUUGACCUUUUUAAGAAGGCUGUGCUACCUGAAGACAAAACCUUAUUUAUUUUCUACACCUUUGGUUUUCAUAUUUCUACAUGGGUUCACUUCUCUGGUGGUAUUUGAGAGUCAACAAUGCAAAUAAAUGAGUACUACCUCAAAAAUAAAUGUUUGGAAAACUUGGGAGUCUUACUGUGCCUAGCUAACUAAGCACUUUGGCUUUUAGCUGGAAUACUGAGUUCAGUUCAGAA